UGAUGGUGAUGGCGGUGGCCCUGCGCAUCCUUUGUCAGUGACGAUAACCACAGUCACGGGCAAAGCCGUGGCCCUGAUGCUUUGCUGGAAUUUACAAGAAUAGCGUCAGUUUAGGCUCGGAGUCUCUUCUCUCUUUCCUUUUGUUUAUUCUGUGAGAUGGGAUUGACCCGUCAGGCAUGCCUUUCUGGCCGGUCUCCUUUGCGCGUUGGUAUAACAAGGCCCGGCCGCAUGACGACCGUACGUGACUGUCUCUUCUCCUGUUUGUCUAACAAGCACCAUGGACCAGGUCAUGCAGUUCGUUGAGCCAAGUCGGCAGUUUGUGAAGGAUUCCAUCCGGCUGGUCAAGAGAUGCACCAAACCCGACAGAAAAGAAUUCCAGAAGAUUGCCAUGGCGACAGCAAUCGGAUUUGCUAUAAUGGGUUUCAUUGGCUUUUUUGUGAAAUUGAUCCAUAUCCCUAUUAAUAACAUCAUUGUCGGUGGCUGAAGGCCUGUGCAUGAGGGGUUCAUCUUGGGGAUUGGUGGACAGUGCCGAUUUGAGAAGCUCAUGGAGUAAAAAAAAUUGCCUGCAUGUUUUGUGUUCUUUCUUUUUUUUUCCAAGAUGUUUUCGUUUCUAAAUUAAAAUAAUUUCAAUAUAAA